CAUAUCCUAUUACACAAAAACCCCUAUUUAUUUUUCCUUUCCUCUUUUUUCUUCUUCUUCUUCUCCCUCUUCUUAUACUCUCUACUUUGUUUGGACUUUGGACUAAAAUUAAAUUCCACAAACACUCCCUCCUUCCCUCUCUCUCUCUCUCUCUCUCUCUUCACAAAAGCGCUUUUUCCGAAAUUGGAAUAUAAACAACAACAAAUACAAAACCCAAAUCCAAAAAGAGAAAAAAAGAAAAAAAGAAAAGAAAAAAAAAACCCUAAUAAGGUCAUUGAAACCCUAAUUCUCAAAUUGGGAAUUAAUUUCUUCAUAUUUUUACAGAGAGCUGCAUUUUUUUUAUUUAAAUAGGGGUGGGAAUUGAAAAUUGAGAUAGUGAGAGAGAGCAAAGUUGAGAGCUUGGAAAAAAAAAUGGAAGCAAUACCACAUCCAAUACCCAGAACAGUGGAAGAGGUUUUUCAAGAUUUCAAGGGCCGUCGAGCUGGUUUGAUCAAAGCCCUCACUCUUGACGUUGACAAGUUUUACCAGCAGUGCGAUCCCGAGAAGGAGAACUUGUGUCUGUAUGGACUUCCAAAUGAGACCUGGGAGGUUAAUCUGCCCGUUGAGGAAGUGCCUCCUGAGCUCCCUGAGCCAGCAUUGGGUAUCAACUUUGCUAGGGAUGGGAUGCAAGAAAAGGACUGGUUAUCACUGGUUGCAGUUCACAGUGACUCGUGGUUGCUUGCUGUUGCUUUCUAUUUCGGUGCACGCUUCGGGUUUGGUAAGAACGAAAGGAAGAGGCUUUUUCAGAUGAUAAAUGAUUUGCCAACCAUAUUUGAAGUUGUGACAGGCAAUGUCAAGCAACCAAAGGACCAAUCUGCUACUCAAAACAGUAGCAAAAGCAAAUCAAGUGGAAAGACGUCCCGGCAAUCUGAGCCCCAGACCAAGGGAGUGAAGAUGUCUCCACCACCGAAAGAAGAUGAUGAGAGUGGGGAAGAAGAAGAAGAAGAUGAUGAACAGGGUGCAACUUGCGGAGCCUGUGGGGAUAAUUAUGGUACUGAUGAGUUCUGGAUUUGCUGUGACAUUUGCGAGAGAUGGUUCCAUGGCAAAUGUGUAAAGAUUACACCUGCAAAGGCUGAACAUAUCAAGCAGUAUAAGUGCCCAAGUUGCAGUAACAAGAGGUCUAGAGUUUAAAUCUAGGUUCUGAAUUUGGAGACGAAUACCAAUCUAAAAAAGCUGAAAAGGUUUAUACCUUUUUAGUUACAAUUUGAAAGUAAAACAGAGUCUGUCUUAUUUUAGUUGAUGAAUUUGAAUGACUGCUGAUGAAUUUCGGAUUUUUAGUUUUGCUACGUUUGGUAAUUGUUCUGUCUAAUUCUAUGGGGAAUUGUGUUUUAAAAUAGUGAAUGGCAACUAGAAAUAUUAUGUCCAAGCAAUUUUCUGGUUU